UUAGAGACAUUAAAACUUCCGGAAUACAUGCACUAAAUGCGUUUGUCAUGGGGAGAAUACAAGACUGUUUUAAGGAAAACAGGGAUGUUAUUGUGGAAUUGCUGUCCAAAAAUCUGAAUCAAAUUGUGUGUAAGUUGCACAAAAGAAAUGUAAUAACCGACAGUGAAAAGAUUGGUGUUGAAUGUAGUUUGUCGCCUGCUUUAGGAAUACGAGAUUUAUUUUAUUACAUAGAAGCUAAUGAUAAAUCUGAAGAUUUUAUUGAUGUACUCAAUCAAACUGAAAAUGGCGGAAUAGCACAUCUUGUUCGCCUUUCAGCGAAUUAUUACUUUACAUCAGAACUGAAAAAUUCGGAAUUUGCUAUAGGCACGGAUGUUGUAUUGUCCUGUGAAAUCAGUAAUGAUCGUACCGUUCAAUGGUUUAAAAAUGGAAUAGAAUUAACCACAUGCUCGAAAUAUACCAUAACAAAAGAUUUUCUUGUCCACCAGCUGAUUAUUUUGAAUGCACAGGAAGAGGAUGCAGGCGAUUAUUUAUGUGAAUGUUGCUACGCAAAGACAAGAUGUAGACUUAAAGCUGGUUUACAAGUAAUUAAAACUCUCAGAGAUGUUGAGUUGGUGAAAGGAGAAACUCUUCAUUUAAGUUGCAAGUUGAAUAGAGAUUUGAAUAUUAAAUGGUUGAAAAAUGGCAGAGAAAUUUCAUGCGACAAACAGACAGAUUGCAAGAAAACAUCUCAGGAAAAUUUGUUUAAAUACACAUUGAAGAUAAAAAAUAUCAAGAUGAUAAACAGUGGAGAGUAUAGUUGCGUGUGUGGUAAUUUCAAAACAUCUUGCUUUGUGAUAAUAACAGACAUACCGAUAGAACAAAUAAUCAAUGCAAGAACUACAGAAAAAUUAUAUGAAAUACAAGGGAAAAAAGAAGAACUAGCACAGAAAGAAGAAAAAAUUGUUAAAGAAGAAACAAAGCUUCUUGAAAUGGAAACUGAAAUUAGGAAUAAAGCCAUGGAAAUCAAAGAAAAGGCAGAUGAAAUAGAGAGUCAAAGAUAUAAAUUAGCUUUAAAAGAAAAAGAAAUGAAAGAACGAGAAUCUCAGUUGGAAUUGAAAGAAGCCAAAUUUUGCGAACUUGAAAUGGAGAAAAAUAUGUUGCAAAAAGAUUCUUUGACCUUGACGCAACAAAGUGAAGAAUUAAAAUUUACACGAGCAAACGCAAACAUGAUGCAAAACGAAUUGGAAAAAUUAAAACACGAGAAGACAGAACUCGAAAAAAGAAUUGAAAUAUUAGAGAAAUAUAUUGAUAAUGGAAGUGUAAAGCAUGCACAGACAAUCUCAGAAAUUAGAGAAACCUAUGAAAAUAUGAUAACAAAAAUGAAAGCAGAGCAUGAUGAUACAUUAUCUAAUAUUGAUAAAAGAUUGGAAGAGAUGCAGCAGAAGCAAUCCGGAAUAUGUGUAGUUUCAUAGUGAACUUUCAAACAUUGGUUUGCAUAGUACUUUCUGGAUUAUGAAAGAAUUGCGGUAAACUGUUUCAGCUGUGUGC